CUUCAGGUGAGUUCCCUUGGCGCUACGGUAUACCUAGGGCCUGGAGGCUGGCCCCUGGGCGGUGGCCCCUUCAAGUCCAACACAGGAUCGCCUAAUUUUGAAACACAGUACGGUAUGUAACUUCCAGUCUUAAAAUGUUCAGGUAAUAGCGAAAGUCAACUCCUCUCCACCAUUUUCUUCAAAGUGAUUAGGCUGGCAGCUCUGCCGGUAGUUGAGCACAAUCUGCGGCUGGGCGCAAAGCAAACCGCUCUGUUGAUGUGGAGCCGGCUUCUUGCAUUGGUUGACUAGUGUGCCACCGUGAUAGAGAAUAGUCAUGGCUUCCAGUACGUCCACCCCCCUGCUCGGCGAUCAAAGCGCCGCUAUGGAGAACGGGCACAUCAAGCGACUUCCCGCCGCCAUCGGCAGCAAAUUCCGGCGGGCGGAGACUUCUGAUUUCUCGGCCGCAUUGGAGAAGCUGAAGGACGAAGGGAAGGUGGCCCCCGCCACAAUCACUUACGACGCCAACUACCCCCUCCGAUACGCCCUCAUGUUGGCAGGCACAUCUGUCAAGAUGUGCCUCAAGAGCUUCACCUUCUGGAUGGUCAUCCUUGAGAAUGUCAUCCUCUCAUACGUCUACUAUGCGAUCUGCCACAACCACGAGAACUUUGAUGGCUCGUUUGACACGGGCGGCUGGCCCUACAUUACGUCCGCCAUCUGGGGCAGCUUUGGUGGUAUCGUGACGUUCAUGCUCGUGUUCCACGCCAGCGAUUGUUACAGCCGUUUCCAGAAGCAGUACGACACCGUGCGCGCCAUCGAGGGCAGCGUUCACACCGUGAUGGGCCUCCUGCGCACCCGCAUCCCUGACGACGCUUUCCCCGGCGCGAGGACCGUGCGCAACAAGGUGGCCAAGUGGGCCAUUGCGCAGACGUACCUGGGCUUUGGCUGGCUCCCGACCAACCGCGAGAACGGCGUGGAUGAGUGGACCUGGGAGCGCGUGGUGAAAUGCGGCCUGGUGGGGAAUGAGGAGAUUGAGCAUCUGCUGGCGCUGCACCCCGGCGAGUACCCCGUCAGCGAGCUCGAGUCGUGCGCCACGCAGUACCUGUGGGCCAAUAAGGAGGAGAUUGGCGAGGGCACCGUGUGCGAGCUCAGCGCCAACAUCAGCGGCAUCACCACCGGCUUCAAGUCGCUGUACGGAACCACCGAGAUGCCGGUGCCGUUUGCGCUGUACCACUACAUCACGCUGAUGAACACGGCGUGGCUGGUGCUGAUCAGCUACAUGUUCAUCUUCUACUCGCGCUACUGGGGCAUCAUCGCCACCAUUCUCACCGUCCUCGCCUUCCAGGGCCUGCGCGAGAUCGCCAACGUGCUCGCGGAGCCGCUCGGCAACGACGAGACCGAUAUCCCCGUGUUCGACUACGUGGUCCAAUGGCACACCUCCAUGGAGUCCACCAUCAAUGCGCCAGCGGCCUUUGCAAAGAAGGUCAAAGCCUAGGGUGUUCGUGGAUGAUCCAUGGUCCACACGAGGGUCGUAUACGACAGUCUAUUUCGGACAUUUUGGUGUCGAAACGACAGUAGGUGGUAAUGCGUCCAUUGGGCGCUUUAGGUGGGUUGGUUUUUUCAAGAGGUCUCAUGUCAAGCGUUGGUAGCUAUUGUCCUUUAGCAGUCGAUGUCAGGCCUGUAAACAUCACUGAGAAAACGGGAUAUAGCAGACUGCAACAAGUCAACAACAACUUGUUAUCUUAGUAGACACCGGAAAUCUCAACCUGGUCAGCCACUCUUAAGGUGACUGUCUUACCUAUACAUGGGUCUGAGGGCCAAGUAAGUAUCUGUUUUGACAAUUGGGCAUGUAAGUUUCUGAGUCAGCUCGCCAGUCCAAGCUGCCUUCAACGUAUGUCGCUAGCCUAGUACAUGUCUCUGUGUCAACUUGCCAAUUCCUUAGCGUUUACGUCCGGUCCGACUCUAGAGUUAUGACGUGCAAGGCCGUCUGUGACUGACGUGUUGAGACUUUGGAAGUGAAAGCCGCUGUAUCUCCAUA